AUGCCUUCUCCGCAGCCUCCUGCUCGAGGGCUCCGAAAGGAGGAGAUCAAGAAGGGAUAUGUCUUGUGGCUGCCAAUUGAGGCUAGAAGCCUGGACAAGGUCGCUUACGACCGGUCUGGCCUGCACAUCGAAGCCUGUGAUCAUCCAGUCUUAGUCAUUGAUACCUUGGACCCCUCUCACGAUCUCGUAUGGGUGCUCAUCAUGACUUCCAAAUACAGUUCAUACCACAAGAGAUUCCCAAUUCCACCACACGAAUGGGCAAGCGGCACGAUUGGCAUAGAGAAGGUCUACGAAGUAUCGCUUGCAAUGCUAAGGCCAGAGCGCAAUGAGCCAGGGCCCGGAGAUUACCAGUUCGACGGACGCGCAAUGGAGGGAGUCAUAGAAGCAGCGUCUUCGGCAUUGAAAAGCAUGGCUGCCACAUCUCACGCCCUCAAGAUCUGCCCGAGGUGUCCUCUUCUCUCCUGCGAGAAGCAGACUACUCCAGCAACAGACUCUAAAAGAAUCACCGAUCACCAAGACUACGGUAUCAAGUCUGCAACGGACGGGGAGUCCUUAAUUUCCACUGCAGCUUCGGUUUCAGCUUCUACCGCGAGCUCCAGCGCAAAGCUAACAGACGCUACGAUGUCGCAACCGAAGUCAGCCCCCUCUGAAGCACUUUUCAGCACCAUCACCAAGCUCUCGGAGCCGGCCACUGUUGCCAAUUCGCACGUUACAUCCUCAAGCUUGCGUAAGGCGCCUGAAGUCAUUGCGAUCUCCGAAAACCUCACAGGUGCUGAGAAGUCUCUAAACAGCAUUGCCUCGCACUCCGCAGGCACGACACCAAAGGUAGUCUCAAUCAAUCCUCAGCCGAGAUCUUCGCGCGACAAUAUGAUGGACGCAAAGUCAGCACUUGCUGCGCUAAAGGCUGGAGCCAGGAGGUUCGAAACGAAGCGCUCAUUCAUGGCCCGGACAACAGGCUUGCCUAAUCAUAUCAAGCCCGGUGCCAUCCUGUGGAAUUGUCCUGGCCUGUAUAAGGCUAACGACCAGCCUCUCCUGCAUCGCCAAGACGUCAAGGACCGGCCGUGCGUCGUGUUGUUUCCGUCAGAGACGACAACCCUCGUCUACAUUCUGAUAAUGACCACUUUCGCUAGCAAGCCGCUCAAUGAAGUUCAGGGUAUCAGCGAAGCUGAGAAGUUAAACUACCUCCCCGUUGCCAAGAACGGCCAUGCUCCUUCCACCGAUGUUCUAGCGCUGCAUAUUGCUCAAGGCAAAAUGUUGCCUGGUAAUCGUACCAGCUACGUCAACACUAACCGAAUCGAAGCCGUUCCAGCUCAUUGGCUGAAAGUCAUGAACGAAGGCAUGCGCUACCUCACCGCGGCAUCUCAUGAUGUGGUCGUAAGAAUCACGGAACGUGUCUGCGCCAGAAAUGCGGCUGUUGCUUCCCUUGAGCGCUGCGACGUAGCCCGUCCUGAUUGUGGAAAGAAGGAGCCUCAAUCGAAACAGCAAAUAUUGGCGCAGACUCCUUCCACCCCUACAUCAUCGGACCUCCGAAGCCAGCCGUCUACUUCGGCUUGGACGACCUCAGUCCCGGCGCAAGUCCAGGUCUCGGCAACCUACAAUCUGGCUACCAAGCUACCCGCGCAGACCCCAAGUACGCCAUCUCGCUCUGCCGUCACUCAGUCCUUCGUUGCUCAGGCAGCUGGUUCGAACAAGCUUAACAUAGAGUCAGACGAGGAGGUUGUUUUCAAAGGUCGCAACGAAAUCGAAAAUAAUCCUCGCUUUUGCCUGUGCAACCGCCAGCAAGGAAUGUAG